AUGCCAACCGCUUGCGAGUCAGUUACAGCCGCAGCCGCAGCCGCAGCCGCCACGAAGCGCAGCAGGGGCAUUGCCCGGCCCCGCUCGGCGCCGGGGCAUGGACCUUCGGCGGCUAAUUCCACAGGGGCAAGCACAAACGCCAACGGCGGCUAUUUUUUCACCCCGCCAAAGACCCACGAUAUGGUCAGGUCCCUCUUCGACCCCCGCUUGAAGAAGUCGUUCCUAGAAUGCUGCAUCACCGCAUCCAUCUUCGCAAACGUCUUUCUCUGCUACUACUGCUGCACCCGCUACUCCCCUGAAACCGCUAAAACAGUGUUUCUUGCCCAGUACAUCUUUUGGCGGCUAUCGUACAACCUCGGGAUCGGUAUCGUCUUGCACUACCAGUCGCAUUACGAAUCCCUAACGCAUUUCGCCAAGAAACAUGCCCUUUUCGAUAAGAAAAACACCCACUCAGCUCUCUCUCGCUUCGUGAAAUUCGAAGUAGCCGCCAAGUACCCCAAUGCCUCGGACUUGUACAAGUACCCCGACGAAUGGAACACUUGGCUAGUGUUCAGACAGUUUGUAGACCUCAUCUUGAUGCAAGAUUUCACCACUUACAUGCUCUACGUGGCAGUGUGUUUACCACAUAGACUUAUCCUCGACAACCUCGCCAGCUUCAACUCCAUAAUGGUCAGAACCUGGCUCGGUGUCUUCAUGGUCCUGUUCAACAUCUGGGUCAAGAUCGACGCCCACUCGGUCGUCAAGGAUUACGCGUGGUACUGGGGUGAUUUCUUCUUCUUGCAGGACUCGGACCUUGUCUUCGACGGUGUCUUUAACGUGUUCCCACACCCAAUGUACUCUAUCGGGUACAUCGGCUACUACGGCCUCUCUCUGAUCUCAGGAAACCACCACGUCUUGUUCGUCUCGAUCCUGGGCCACUGUCUGCAAUUUUUGUUCUUGAAAUACGUCGAAACGCCCCAUAUCGAGCGCAUAUACGGCAGUAGUUCCUCCUCAUCGGAAGAUGGCGUCGGCGUCGUCGAUGGACCAGAAUCCAUCGACGACAAGAUGGUCAAGCAACUCGUCAAUUACUCGAAACCCCUCGUGACCACUUUCCUCGGGUUCAGGAACUUCGACAAGUUCAGACCAACGGACUACAUCACGCUGAUCGCAAUGGCUUCCGUCGUCUCGGCUUAUUUCGCUUGUAACCCAAGCUUCGUCACCAUUUCCAAGAUCACUUUGGCGGUCAAGAUCGCAACCUCGGUUCUAAACAUGGUCAUCUUGAACAAACAGUCCCGUUCCAAGUGGUUCACCAAGUGGUACUUGCAAAACGGCUACAACGAGAUUUACGCUUACCAGAUGUGGCAGUUCAUCUAUAACCUAAGCUCAACCGUCAACUACGUGUUAUUGGUGCUCCAAUGCUACUGCCAUUUCGUCAAAUGCGGGGCCGGCAGCUACAAUACCGUUACAUUUGGCCUUUUGCUCUUGGCCAUCCAGAUCUGGUGUAACAGCGAGGUCUUUGACAGUAUCAAGGAGUUCGGUUGGUUCUACGGUGACUUCUUCUUGCCAAACCUCAUCGAUCAGCGUAAGUUGAAAAACGACGGUAUCUACAGGUACUUGAACAACCCAGAACGUGUAUUCGGUGUUGCCGGUAUCUGGGGUACUGUGUUGAUCAACAACUUUUCCAACUGGAACCUAUGGCUCGCUACCACCUGGACCAUGUUCAACUGGUUCACCGUCAAGUUCAUUGAAACUCCACAUUUACUCAAGGUUUACGGUACAAAGCCUUCUUCCAGUGGUUUCGAAAAGACUUUGACCAAGUACAAGUUCGGUAAAGACUUCAAGAGCUUGAUCGACAAGGUUGACCAAUUGCUGGACGACUACUUGUUCACCAGUUUGGUCCCCAAGGUGCCAGAAAACAGUUCUGGUAAGCACUCCGUUUCCUUGCACUCGGACUCAGGCCCAGAGCAACAGCAGCGCGACAGAGAUUGGGAGGCCAUCAUUAACAUGCUAUUGAUCAGAGAGAACACCGUCAAGAACCUGCAUGGCAGCUCCCGUAACGUCGUCAUGGACAUUGUUAACCUGAACGAAGAGAACAUCAUUGAGAUUCCUUCCGAAAUCGAAAUCAAAUGGAGCAUUGGCAAUGAACUGUUCCACAAGAAUGAUUGGGUAGGCUUAUAUAAGGUGGUCGAGACCGGUGAAGAUAGAUUAACUACCAAGAUCCCGUCUCAGGGCCAUUGGACUGCGGUGUGCCCCGACUCCAGCUAUUCUUCCUCCACGCAUCGCAAAAUACAACAUUUCGAUUCGAACAACCACUUCACUUAUGGUACUGUAGUCUUCGACAAAAACAUUUCCUCAUUCGAAGAAGGUAUCUACGAGUUCAGAUACCACAGCGGCAACUCUCACGAUGUCGUCAUGAUUUCAAAACCUUUCAAACUCUUGUUCCCACAUUUGAAGGAAUCUAUCAGCGAUGCUGAUCAGCUCACUACUGCUACUAAGGCGUUUUUGAAAGAUUGCGGUGUGUUGGUCAACGGUAACAGGUUUGAUUCCAACAUUAACAGAUACUUCAGUGGUAAGACUUUGCAGCAAUGGUACAGAGCUACUAUGGGAACAUAUGUCUCUGUUGAUUACAUGAAGCGUACCAACUUUGACAUUGAUAUUAUUACUAAGAAGGUCUGGCAAGUGAAGCAAGUUCUCGAUAGCUUGGAAUAG